AUGCAGUCACGAAACAAUCUCAACGUUUAUAAGGGCCCUGACUCUGUCAAGGACUACUUCAAUCCUGACAGAGCACCACCAUUGCCUCUUGUGGAGCUUCCCAACUCCCUCAAUCCUUACCGACAAGAUGGCGUCCGCAUCUACGCCAAGAUGAUGACAAUGCACCCAGCAAACAACGUCAAAUCUAUGCCAGCUCUCAACCUCCUGGAGCAUGGAGUUGCGCCCGAUAAGACCAAGACGGUCGUUGAGUACAGCUCGGGUUCAACAGUCAUUUCCAUGGCUUUGAUGUCUCGCGUCCUCUACGACUUGGUAGAUGUACACGCUUUCCUAAGCAAUAAGACUACAGCAGCAAAGUUGAAGUUGAUGCAAUUCUUUGGUCUUAACAUGUAA